GUUGUCUCCAGUAGUGUAGCUAGCUAGUAGUAGCUAGUAGAGAGCAGCAUGGUGGGUAAUGUGCAGGGGAGUCUGUGCUCCAUUGCAUAUCCCGAGUGAAACUACUGGUUUGCGGCCUGCAGAAUUACCAAACAGGAACCAUAUGUGUUGGGUUAGCUUGUUGUUCGAAAGGUGCAACUUGAAAUCGCGAUGGACAGCCGCUGCGGCGAUGACAUUCCUGCAGCAAAAAGCAAAACAAUGAGGCAUGCACUGCCUGAGUUCCCAUCUAGCAGUAAAGAUGGCGAGCAAUCGGCAAUUAUGGAAAGGCUAGCAGCGUCUGAGAAAACUGCUUCAGAAAAGAAGAGUGGAAUAAUGUCUUUCAGGAGGCAGUCAAAUCCUGACCAAUUCCCACGGUUCCAUAUUCCAAGGAAAAGCAAAGAACAAAAAGCGUUGUUCCAGUGUGUGUCCUCAGAGUCCAGGGAAUUCGAGGACAUUAUGAAUAUCCUCUCCUCCAACUAUCUGGAGACUGCAUCCAAGGGGAUGUUUAUAUACACUAAGCCAAGGCUGGUCCACAGUGAGCAGCUGGAGAAAGAUUUUGUAGAGAGAAGGAAAGAGCUUAAACUGGAUGGGAGGACCGAGAAAGAGCUCGAGGAGACAUAUUGCUUUAUGUUAUGUGACGCUGGGAAGCUCUCCUGGAUCUGUGAGAAGGGCCUGUUUGUGGGACAAAGCUGGAUCACAGCUCUGGGAAACCCAAGCAAAGGUGUUUAUUUGUCUAAAUACUCAGAUCUUUUACAAAUUAACACUUUCAAUCCUGGAGUGACUGGGGAGGUCAUCAUAUUCAAGGUCAUGAAGGGUAAGGUAAAAAGCAUCUAUGAAAACAUGGCUAAAAACCUUCUUGACCCUACACCCAAGUUCGACAGCCAUUUUUCCAAGAACUCCAGCAAAGUAACAUCUCUGACGUCGUACAGAGCGUACGAGCUCACCCAGCAAUUCUUCUAUGAGUAUGACUUUGAUGAGCCGAGGGACAGACCCAGACAGGUGUGUCCCUUUGCGGUUGUCUCCUUCCAGUUCAAAGCCAAAGACACUCCUCUUCAGACCAAGCCUAUGACCACUUUAAGGUCUAACAGCCAAUCGUCGGAAGGGACUAAAGAGAGGAGUAGCUAUGUGGUGUGGAGCGGAGAGCUUGUGAAUGGAGACACAACCCUCUACCAAGUGUGCCUGCGCUCCUUCUCCCCUCCCUUCCUCCCGUUCAAACUGCCAGAGAAGCUGCAGGUGGGGAAGGCCAUGAGUCUGGAGCGUGUGAGUCAGCUGAUCCCCUCGGCGCUCUUCUCCAGGAACCUCUACGCAGGCAGCCACGAAGUUUGUGUUACAGUGUUGAAGAACAAUACAUACGGCAGUCUGUUGGAGGUGGUGGAGAAGAACAAGUCGAGAGGAAGCCUAGCCAAAUUGUUGCACAGCCUGGAAACCAAGAAAGUGGUUCUUGUCAACACUUUGCCUGAUCGAGGAUUGCUAUUCCUGGUCUCCUCAGUGCAAAUGGCCAAGCCUUCAGAAAGAGGAGAUGGGUGGAAUAGAUGCCUCCACGCUCUGUUCAUCUACCAGGACUGCAGGGAUGUCUCGAAACAUUUUUCAAAAUGCCCGGCUUCCCAGAAACCUUCGCCCUCGCCAUCAAGGCCAGCGGUGAUGCCCCAUCUGAACACCUUCGUCCCAGCGCUGCACCACUCGCUGGCCAAGGUGCGCUGCAACCCCCCAUCUGACCUCUCGUCAGGGGUGGAGCUUCAGGCUCGAGAGUACCUCAGUGGCUGCAAAGAGGGCAAGGUGCGCCAGUACCCGGUAACAGAGUACGACUCCAAACUGGACGAGCGAGGGAAGCUGUUCCCUGCUCCCAAACACCACAGGCUGAACAUGGAGGGCUACCUGCGCUCCUAUGUGUACAGCCCAGCCAUGUACCUGCUCGCAGUGGCCAAGGCCCAAGAGAUGGUGGAGGCCUUUGGUUGUCUGCCUGACGACAGCCCCAACUCUGACAAGGACGAUUCUGAUAGGCUCGUCGCCGAACUGACGGCCAGUGGAGUGCAGGACAUGGCGCACAACAAUCCUCAAAAGGUCCAGGAGCUGAUCAACCUGGUGCUGAGGUGCAAGCGGAGCACGGAGGAGGAGAGCCGGGGGAGCAGGGAGGCAGACAGGACGGGGAGGAGGAGCUCUGAGGAGCGGGACACAGCCGAGAGGACACUCAAACACCUGAGGAGGGCUUCCCUGGAGAGAGAAGGUGCUCACAGAGCAGCGGAGGGAGGUCAGAGCCCCCCCCCGCUGGCUGGCGGCGUGGGUCUGAAGGAUGUGGACCUGAGGAGAGAUGGCUCUGCUGGCGCCGUCAAGCUCCUCGCCAUGCUCGCCGACCUCAAGAACGCUGCCAUGGGAACCAGCACCAGCGGGCCCUCGGAAGGGGCGGAGCCUACGGAAGCGUCGCUGUUUGACAGCAUAGCCAGGCUGGGCCUGCCCACCAACUGUGACAUCGACCUGCGCAAGCGGACACCAGCGGAGGAGCAGCAGGAGAAGAAGGACUUCCUGGAGGAGCAGGCAGCAGGCAGCAUGAGCAGCCUGGAGGGCUUCAGCCCCAGCUCUCACAGCGAGCUGUCCAGACGGCCCGGCGGCCUGGGAGGAGACGAGGACGGGUUCGAGAUCCCCUGGGUCCUCAUCCCCAUCACAGGUCUGACGAGUGAGAAAUACUGCCAGAGGGAGAAGGACAACCCUCAGGACCCUCGCUUCUUCCAGGUUCCUAUAGCAACUGCCGCCCUCCAGACCAGCUCCCCCCCCCCCCCCAGGGCAGCCCCUGGCAGCCCAGAGCCUGAGGACCAAUUAAACCAGCCCACGGGGGAAUCCUAUUUCACAGGCGCACAGAGCACACACUCAGGUCACAGAGAAGAGACAGACUUGCAGGAACUGGAGGAGAGACUGGAGGAGAGACUGGAGGAGAGACUGGAGAAGAGACUGGAGGAGAGACUGGAGGAGAGAUGGGUGGAUAAACAGAUGGAGAAAAAAGAGGACAGAAGGGAGGAGCCCCAGGAGGAGAGACUAAAUACCCUGGAGGUGGAGAAUCAGGAGCCCCGCCCAGCCCCUCACCCCCCCCUGGCCUCUGACAGCCUCUCACAGUCUCAGAGGAACAGGAAGAGGAGCGGGGAUGGGACGGAUGGAAGGACCAGGAAGCAGCGGAGACAUUCUGGCCUUGUGCAGGCCCAGCCUGAGGAAGAGAAGGAGGAGGGGGAGGUGUGGAUGGAGGAGGAGGAGGAGAUAAAAACAAAAGACGAGAGGCCUCCUGCCCCCUCUUCCUCCAGCCCUUCUCAGCUUCCUGUUCCUGCUGGUCCCCUAGGCGGCUUGGACAUCAUCUUAGAGGAGCAGCGUGGCUGUUUCUCCUCUGAGGUACAGCACCUCCUGCAGGCCGAGAACAUACACUACAGCCCCUCUCACUCCCCGCCCGGCACGCAGCACUCGCCAGCCAUGCUCCCGCUCAGACCCCUCUCAGAGUACAUCUCUUUCUACAACGACCCACUGCCCCUGCACAACUACAUCAGCUCCCUGAAGGAGGGCCUCGGCCUCAUCCUGGACGCUCACAAGGUUCUAGAGUCCCACAGGGCUCUCGUCCUAGGCCCAGGGCAGCAGACUUGGCCUUGCGCUGACAAUAUUACCGCCAACACUCACACUACUAUUCACUGUUCUAGCACUGCCCUCAACAGCGAAUCUGUCCCUGGCCCUGACCCUGCCCUGACCCCUGACCCCUCUCCGGGCCCCUCCCGUGCCCUGACCCCUCUCCCUGACCCCUCCCCAGGCCCCUCCCCACACACCCCUGUCCCAUCAUGGCCCCUUCCACCUCAGUUCAGCCCCAGUGUAGCUCACCCUCCCCAGGCACCUCGUGGCCCCUCGCCUUCCCAGGCCAUCGACUCUCCUGGCGGCCCCAGAAGAGUCUGUCCAGAGUCUGUCCCCCAGGCAGACUCUAAGGAGAACCUGGAUGGGGUACCGAUGUGCUACAGUCCGGGCUCUGUGGGGUCCGGAGAGGACAGCCCUGCUAUCCCAGGGCUGGGGGGACCUUGUCCGGGCGUGGGGACCCUCCCAGUGUUGGACUCUGACCCAGCCCCUGGGCCUGAACCCGGGCCUGGGCUGGCCUCCAUCAGUACCCUGAUCAGCCAGCUGAAGCCAGAGGUGUUCAGUAACCUGGUGGAGAUCAUCAAGGACGUGCAAAAGAACUCAGUCCAGUUCUACAUCCACACUGUGGAGGAGGAGAACCAGGUCUACGACGACAUCAAGGAGUACCUGCAGAGGCUGGGGAACCUGGAGCUGAGCCCUGUCAGCUUCCUGGGCAGAGAGAGCAGCAUGGACAAGCUGCUGGUCAUCAUCCAGAACAAAGACAUCGCUGCUCACAUCCACAAGAUCCCAGCCCUGGUGUCUCUGAAGCGUCUCUCCUCUGUGGUCUUCUCCGGGGUGGACAGUCUGGACGACAUCAGGAACCACACCUCCAACGAGCUGUUCGUCUCCGGAGGGUUCAUCGUCUCUGACGAGUUUGUCCUCAACCCAGACUUUAUCACACAUGAGCGUUUGCGCGCCCUGCUGAUGUUCCUGGAGCAGCAGAGCUCUGCAGAGAGCAUGUGGAGGUGGAAGGUCCACUGUAAGACCCAGAAAAAGCUGAAGGAGCAGGCCAGGUUUAAGAAGGACGCCAGGAACAUCCUGAACAUUCUGAACACCUACCAGCAGAAGCAGGUGGUGGAGUUCCUGUCGUACCACGAGUGUGACCUGUCCUCCCGCCAGGCCCCAGACCUGGCCUGUCUCAUCAGGCUGCAGGCCCAGCACGUCCAGCACCGCCACCUCAUCUUCCUCACAGAGCGACGGUUUGAGAUGUUCCCCAAUUACUCAAGCAGCGGCAUCGUCAUCGCGAACAUCGAUGACAUCAUGCACAACUUUCACGAUCUAGUCGGUCUCCAUGACGUUGGGAACAAGCAGCCUAUCGCAGACAUCAAUGCAUCGGUCCAAGACCCAGAGAUAAAGUGUGCAUCUGUGUGUCAGGACAUGGCCCCCCUGUGCUCAGUGGAACACUCCCCUGUGACAGAGCUGACCUUGCCCUACCCAGACCACCACCUCCCCCUAGCCCCCCAGGCCCCAGACUUCCACCGGGCCCUGAGAGACCAGCUGGUCCCAGACACAGAGACCCCGGCCUCCUCCUCCCUGCCCUCCACCUCCUCGGACGGGGCCCCCACGGAGCCGGACUUCGAGGCCCUACGGCAGGCCAUCUCCCAGUUCAAGGCGGAGAGGAUGGCCCGUGCCCUGGCCGGCCAGGGCCCCCAGCCAGCGGAGGAUGAGUCCUCAGGGAGCUUCCACAUCAACCCCCACCAGAGCUUUCUGUCCGGGGAGCAACCUGGCUCCCUGGACAAGCUGGACCCGGCCCACCAGGCUGUGUCCUCCACCCUGGCCUCCAUCCACGGCAGGCUGCGAGGGCGAGCGGGGGCCGAGACGAUCAGCGACAGCGACAUGUCCCUGUGCGGCUCCCAGGACAGCUCGGUCUUCCUGGGCCUCCAUACCCCCAGGGCCUCCCCUGCUGCCCCCAGGGCCUCCCCCGCCAUCGACGGACCGGAGGGGCUCUGUGAGGAGGACGCGCCUAGCAACAAAGACAUGGACAUGCCAGACACGCCUCAAAGCCCUGAGCAGAGCAUCAGCACUGGUAACCCCGCCCCCGCAGGCCCCGCCCCCACAGCGCCCGGCGCAGGGCUCCAGCAGGGGACCAGGCCAGGGGAGAAAGGGGAGGAUGCACCCCUGCCCCCGAGGUUCCACAGCCUGGGCGGUAUGCUGCCCUCUCCCACCCCCAGAGCUCUGUACCCUGGUCUGGAGGGGCCGUCACUAGCCCUGAGCAGACUGACCAUGCAGCAGAGUGGCUUGCUGCCCCCUCGACUGGUCAACAACAUCUUCAACAGCCAGCCUCUCCCAUUUCCAGGCCCUGGCCCCAUGAUCAGGGGCCUGUUGCCCACCAACCUGCCCCUGGGCUGGCCUGGGCUGGGGCAGGCAGGGUCUGUCUGGGGUUUCCAGCCAAGGGGACUCAGUCAGCCAUACUCCCAGGGCCUCAUGAGGAACUUUAAUGCCCAAACGAACCACUUUCGGCCUCACAGAGGGGGCUUCAACGGCCUGUGAGGAUGCUGGAGGAACAAUUUCCGUCCUCGAAGUAGUUCCUCCACAGCCCUCCAAAGGGCUGUUACCUGGAUCUGACGAAGGGCAUUUCUAGGGGAUGAAGGGAAGCGAUUGCCUGUCAUUGGAGCAACGCACUUGACACUUGUCUUAUUUGAGAUGUUGUUAGGACCUUGUGUUUCUUACCUCAAAGUUGCUUUUGUUUGUACAUCCGGUUCCUUGUUUUUGUAAAAACUACAGCCACGUGGUGUUGUAAACCGCUGGUUCUAAAUUAUUUAAUUUUUAUAUACUUGAUUUUUUCAUUGUUGAAAUUAAAACUUGCGUGAAAGUC